AUGUCCCACUGGAAGAGACCAGGAGGAGACCAGGACACAGAGGAAGGAGACCAGGAGGAGACCAGGAGGAGACCAGGACACAGAGGAAGGAGACCAGGAGGAGACCAGGACACAGAGGGAGAAGACCAGGAGGAGACCCAGGACAGAGAGGGAGGAGACCAGGACACAGAGGGAGGAGACCAGGAGGAGACCGGGACACAGAGGAAGGAGACCAGGACAGAGGAAGGAGACCAGGACACAGAAGGAGGAGACCAGGAGGAGACCCAGGACAGAGAGGGGGGAGACCAGGACACAGAGGGAGAAGACCAGGAGGAGACCCAGGACAGAGAGGGAGGAGACCAGGACACAGAGGGAGGAGACCAGGAGGAGACCGGGACACAGAGGAAGGAGACCAGGACAGAGGAAGGAGACCAGGACACAGAGGGAGGAGACCAGGAGGAGACCCAGGACAGAGAGGGGGGAGACCAGGACACAGAGGGAGGAGACCAGGACAGAGAGGGAGGAGACCAGGAGGAGACCAGGACAGAGAGGGAGGAGACCAGGACACAGAGGGAGAAGACUAGGAGGAGACCCAGGACACAAAGGGAGGAGACCAGGACACAGAGGGAGGAGACCAGGACACAGAGGGAGAAGACUAGGAGGAGACCCAGGACACAGAGGGAGAAGACUAGGAGGAGACCCAGGACACAGAGGGAGGAGACCAGGAGAAGGCCCAGGACACAGAGGGAGGAGACCAGGAGAAGGCCCAGGACACAGAGGGAGAAGACUAGGAGGAGACCAGGACACAAAGGGAGGAGACCAGGACACAGAGGGAGAAGACUAGGAGGAGACCCAGGACACAGAGAGAGGAGACCAUGA